AAGUGUGGUCACUUCCUCUUGCCUGGCCUGACUCACCCUGGCUGCUGCCCGUUGUGGCUGCCAUGGAAAUACAACUCCGAGGAGAGCCCAGACCAGGACAGGGAGGCCAUGCUGUGGGUGGCAGUGGAGCCUGGCAAGGUGCCCUCCUGGCCUGGGACUGCUGUGGCAGAGGAAGCAUGUGGUGGGUCUUCACCUGCCCAGCUCAGAGCUGAGGUGCCCCAUUACUUUUUUACCUCCCUGCUCCCUGGCUGGCCCGCCGCACCUACACACUCAAUGCAGCAGCUUCGCUCCUGCUCCUGGAUGGCUGGAGGUGGGAUCAUUGCCAGGAUGGCCUCAUGUGCCCAGGUCUCCUGGAAGACUCAGUUUCCCUCUUUGUCCCAUGCAGAGGUGCAGAGGUUCAUUAUUGUGGGACCAUCCGUGAAGCUGGUGCCAGGAUGUCCCGGGGGUGUGGAUGACCGGCCGCCCAGCCCCAGCACGGCCCGGUCCCGCAUGCCACCGCCCCGCGAGGACCACUCUCCGAGGGCCGCCUGGGGCCCCGCGCGCCCCUAGUCUGCUAACCCGGAGCCCUCAGCAGCCCAUUCCCGCCUGGCCACUCGGGGCGGAGGAGGCGCUGGAGUGAGCUGCCUGAGGCCGCAGAGCAAGCAAGCGGCUGACCGCGGAAAGACCCCGGGGAAGGGGCUUUGCGGCCGGCUAGAAACAUUUUCUCCAAGCGGCUCCGCAAAAUGACCAGCCUGUUCCGCCGGAGCAGCAGCGGCAGCGGCGGGGGUGGCACGGCCGGUGCGCGCGGGGGCGGGGGAGGCGCGGCCUCCCCCCAGGAGCUCAACAACAGCCGGCCGGCCCGCCAGGUGCGCCGCCUGGAGUUCAACCAGGCCAUGGAUGACUUCAAGACCAUGUUCCCCAACAUGGAUUACGACAUCAUCGAAUGCGUGCUGCGCGCCAACAGCGGUGCUGUGGACGCCACCAUCGACCAGCUGCUGCAGAUGAACCUGGAGGGCGGCGGCGGCGGCGGCGGCGGCGUCGUCGUCUAUGAGGACAGCUCCGACUCGGAGGACAGCAUCCCUCCGGAGAUCUUGGAAAGGACUUUGGAACCCGAUAGCUCGGAUGAAGAGCCACCGCCUGUGUACUCCCCGCCAGCCUACCACAUGCACGUGUUCGACCGGCCCUACCCUCUGGCUCCCCCAACUCCGCCUCCCCGUAUCGACGUGCUGGGCUCUGCAGCCCCUACAAGCCAGAGACGCUAUCGGAACUGGAACCCACCACUACUGGGCAACCUCCCGGAUGACUUUCUCCGCAUCCUCCCCCAGCAGCUGGACAGCAUACAGGGUAAUGCUGGGGGCCCCAAGCCUGGGAGUGGAGAGGUAGGUCCGCCUGCCAUGACUGGGCCAGGGCCCCGAGACCAGGAGAGCCGCUGGAAGCAGUACCUGGAGGAUGAGAGGAUCGCACUUUUCCUACAGAAUGAGGAGUUCAUGAAGGAGCUGCAACGAAACCGCGACUUCCUCCUUGCCCUGGAGAGAGAUCGAUUGAAAUACGAAUCCCAGAAAUCUAAAUCCAGCAGCGUGGCUGUCGGAAACGACUUUGGCUUUCCGUCUCCUGUCCCAGGAACUGGCGACGCCAACCCCGCUGUGUCUGAAGAUGCCUUAUUCAGGGACAAGCUGAAACACAUGGGAAAAUCCACCCGGAGGAAGCUGUUUGAACUUGCCCGAGCCUUCUCAGAGAAGACCAAAAUGAGGAAGUCAAAGAGGAAACACUUGUUGAAGCAUCAGUCGCUGGGGGCUGCCGCGUCAACAGCCAACCUCCUGGAUGAUAUGGAGGGCCAUGCGUGUGACGAAGACUUCCGGGGAAGGCGUCAGGAGGCGCCCAAGGUGGAGGAAGGCCUGCGAGAAGGACAGUAAGAGAUGCCAGCAGCUCUUCCUUGCCAGAGAUGAUCUGAACCGGUGGGGGCAGCUGGAAAGCAACACUGGCCCCCAGCUGAAGGGCCCAGCUGCAGCCGGACAGAUGGUGCUUGAGAACCAAGGCCCAGUGAUCCUCCAGCCACAGUCCAGCCCAACCACUGCCACUUUCCAUGGGACUUAGAACUUCGGAGUUGCUGCCUUGCAAUUGGAGGAAGGACCUGGGGCCCCUAGAGGCAGCAGCCAAUUACAGCUCCUUUUGUAGCCAGGCGUUCCUAUGGUCAAUGAGUGGAAAUGCAGGAACCAACCUCCCUUAAAAAAAAAAAAAAAAAAAAAAAAAAAUCCAGAAAGCAGAUAAAAAUUGGAAUAUGGAAAAGGGCAAGAUGACCCCACCAGAGGCUCUUUGGCCAGAAGGUGGAGUCCCUGCCUCCCUCCGUUCCCUAUCUGUCCUAUCACAGACUCUGCCUGACCCCUGUCCUCUUCCUCAGCUCCCUCCAGGCACUUGGGUCCCUCCCUUCCAGGGUCUCCCAUAUCUCAGCCUUCCCCCAGGGCUGCUGGCCCAGCACACAAGCCCUGCACCCAGCCUGGGUGGGAGGUCCCCGGCCAGUCCCCCAGGCACUCUGAAGAGCUAUGGGCUGCUGCAGAGAGCAUCUCCUGACUGCCCCAUCUGGCCUCAUCAGGCUGCUGCUGUUGGGGAUGGGCUCGCUCACAGCAGCUCCCCAUCACACAGCAGGGAUGGGGAGGGUGGCCACCCCAGGGUGGCAGGGUCUUUAAUUUGGCACCAGACAAAAGCCAGUUCUGGAGUCACACCACAGUGGGGGCUCACGGGGACUCUUGACUCUCCAGCUGGACUGGAAGCCCAGCUGUCCGAGGGUGGACAGCAGUGGGCCCUGGAGUGACCCCUUUGAGCAGGUAGCAGGGCUGAAGAGCAAGGCGGAAAGGCCGCCAGCCUGGGUGGGAGCGCCUAGGGCAGAAGGGCUUGCUGGGUGCCCCUGAGAAGGGCGGGUGAUCUGAGGAGGAGGACUCUGAUUCUAGGAAGGCUUACACCGCACCCACCACUGCCACGGGGAGGGAGGCUGCCCAGCCCGUGGCCCCGCCCUGGACAUGGGAGCGCGCAGACCUUCUGGAGAGCCGGGAAGCCUAGGCAGGCACGAGGCUUCGGCGCGGCUUCGGGAGGUUAGGAGUAGGAUCCGAUCCUUGGCGCGGCCCUGGUGGCCUCAGUGACCCCAAGAUCUCAAGGGCGUAGCGAAGGCGAGCCGGCAAUUGCACCUCGUCCCACCCACCCUGCCCGGACUCCCGACGCCGAGCUUCCCCUCUCUGGGGAGGGCCGGGACGCGCCGCCGCCGCCGAGCGUGACCAAGUUUGGAAACUCGCACGGGGCCGGGACGCUGGCUCGGGGGCCUUGCCGAGGAGCGGCCGCCCCCUCCACUGGUCCUCGCGCCAGGCCUGGGGUCCUGGAGGGAGGGGAAGGUCUCCGAGGAGUGCCUCGGGUCCCCAGCUCGAGUUCCCGACGGGUCUCUGAGCCUUCCCCGCGCCAGGACCGCGCCAGGACCGGGCGCACUGCGGGGAAAGCCCCAGCCCCACGUCUGUGAGUGUUGCUUGUUAUUUUUUUUCCUCCUAUGUGUGGGUUUUUUCUUGGAGCUGUUUCAUAGGAAUUCCUGUAAUAAAGAGUUGGUGUUCUCUUGGUGCUCUGAUGUGGCCAGCGGCGUGGGCUGGAUCCUCCUGCUCCCUCCUCCCUCCCCGCCUGGGGCAGGGUUUGUCCCCUGGAGCCCCGCGUCGCAUUCCUAGGGUACCCCUGCCUUGCCUCGCCCAUUCACCUGCAGCGUUCUCCGACUGCACUCUCGAGGUGACACCUGUGGCACCGCUGCACCGCUGCACCGCAUCCUUGCCGACCGGCCAUCUAUGAAUAGCGCUGUCGCCUUCCUGUUUGGCCCAGAACAGUAAACCGCUUGCUGAUAGGCAAGGGAAACACCCCUAUGGGGAAAGCCAGUCUGUUGCGAAAGCUCCAGACGGCCAUCUCCCUAAAUAAACAGCUUCUGGAUUAAA